GUGUGUGUCUGUUCUUGAUUGAUUUCUUCCCAUCUAUCCUCCAUAUUCUGAUCACUAUAAAUACACGCAGUUGACGACACAGUGCUGACAGAGAGAUAAGAAAACCUCUCGCACUCUCGUCCGAAGGUUUCUCAGAAAUGGGCUUCUCUUCCCCAACCAGUAUGGUCUGCUGUUCUCUGGGAUGGAAAUCUUCAAGCUUGUUAGUUCACUUGGGGUUAGCCUCUAGCUCUCCCAGUGGAGCUCUCUUUUCUACCAGAAGAAAAUGCCCAACUAAAAAGUUCCGUGUAGCAUGCUCUUCUUCUCCUGAUCCACUCUUGGUUAAGGCUGCAAGAGGAGAUCCUGUAAGUCGGCCUCCAGCAUGGAUGAUGCGCCAGGCUGGAAGGUAUAUGGCUGUUUAUAGAAAGCUUGCAGAGAGGUAUCCAUCCUUCAGAGAGAGAUCAGAGACAACUGAUCUCAUUGUUAAAAUAUCUUUGCAGCCUUGGGAAGCGUUCCGUCCUGAUGGAGUUAUUAUUUUCUCUGACAUACUGACCCCUCUACCUGCCUUUGGUGUCCCAUUUGACAUAGAAGAAAUAAGGGGUCCUGUUAUCCAGUCACCGAUUCGUUCUGAAGAGGGACUGAAGGCUCUGCAUCCUAUUGACUUGGAGAAACUUGAUUUUGUUGGAGAAUCCCUUAGGAUAUUACGACAGGAGGUUGGUGGACAUGCUGCUGUUUUAGGUUUUGUAGGAGCACCUUGGACGAUAGCUACUUAUAUAGUGGAAGGGGGUACAACGCGCACAUAUACAACCAUAAAAACCAUGUGCCACACUGCCCCACAUGUAUUGAGGUCUCUUCUUUCCCAUCUGACACGGGCAAUAUCAGACUACAUUAUUUUCCAAGUAGAGUCUGGGGCUCAUUGCAUACAAAUUUUUGACUCAUGGGGUGGACAACUACCGCCUUAUAUGUGGGAACGCUGGUCAAGGCCUUAUAUUGAAGAGAUUGUAAGUGAAGUAAAGAAUAAAUGUCCUCAAACACCACUUGUUCUUUACAUUAACGGAAACGGUGGACUUCUUGAGCGCCUUAAAGGGACUGGCGUUGAUGUAAUUGGGCUUGACUGGACAGUGGAUAUGGAAGAUGGAAGGAAACGAUUGGGUAGGGAGAUCAGUGUACAGGGCAAUGUCGACCCUGCUUGCUUAUUUUCUCCUCUUCCUGCUCUGACAGAAGAAAUUCAAAGGGUUGUGAGUCGUGCAGGUCAAAGGGGACACAUUCUUAAUUUAGGACAUGGUGUUCUUGUGGGGACACCUGAGGAAGCCGUUGCGCAUUUUUUUGAGGUUGCAAGAAGCUUGAACUUCGAUACUCUCUCGAGAGAUCAGGAAGUGGAGGAUGCCAAAUUGGUAGUCUGAGGAUAGUAGUCAUUAAGAACAGGCCAACUAUUUUGUUUUAUCAAUUGGAUUUUUGUUGAUCACAACUUGUUCUUGCCAAAUUCAUGCUUACAGAUUAAUCUCAGUUUAGCUUGGUAGUUGAGAGCUUGCUUUAAGAGGUUCUGUACAUUCUUGCGGAGCGAAUUAGUUAGAGUUUGUUGUUGUCUCUGUUAUGUAUGAUUCUUGGGUUGAUUUAAUAAAUCGCUAUUUCCUUUUUCACC